UAUAAGUUAAGGUUGGAGGGCGUACUGUAAGGGUCAUUCGAGUUCAAAUGGAGCAACACUCGUAAUUGGCAAAACCUGGAAGAAACACGAUUUGCUUUAAAGUCGGACCACCUUCUUUUAUAGUACUAAAUAACAUGGCUUUUGUGCCACUUUAACGCAACUUGUAUAUAAAGCCACUGAUCUGAACAAAAUCAUAUUCGUAUCAUUCAAUAUUGGAGGUGAGAUGGACCGAUUGAAAGUUUGUUUUGUUGUUUUCCUUUGCGUUUUCAUACAAUUUUCUGCAAACGAAUCUGUCGCUCAAGAAACUGAUCAAGAAGAUCGUCAUGUUGUUCCUGCUAUAAAUGAGUAUCUCAACCAAACCAAGGUGUACACACUGCACUGUGAAAAAACAGUUGACUUCUUCACGGCAUGGCGAUCCUGCUACGAUCUUGGCGAAGAACUAGCCACGAUAGAGUCAUCGCGUGACAAUAAAGCACUGGCAAGUGCUCUUGAAUCAUCGGACAAUCUGGCGUACACAAGUGGAACGGACGCGGGCAAAGAAGGAUCCUACGUUUGGCUGGUCAACAAGCGACCCAUUCCCGGUCAAUGGAACAACUUUACCGCCUGGAACCCUGGAGAACCAAACAACUCGGAGUCCAAGGAACAUUGCUUGGUGGUUAAAAAUCUGCCCAAUGGAAGUGCCGGUUGGAAUGAUGUUCCCUGUGACGUGAGCCUAUGCUACGUUUGCCAAAGGUUUGAAAUUCCAGAUGGAGCAGAAGUUUAUUGAUUUAAUUGUACUGGUCAUAGCUACCAUUUGAGCUUAAUUAAAAAAUUAAAACACUUAAGAACACUUAAUCAAUAAAAAAAACUUGAUGCUUUUAAAAUUAAAUAAAUAUUUCUUAAAAUAACAG